AUGAACGAGGUCGACAUUCAACAACUCUAUAACGAACAAAUUCAAGACGAUCUCAUUCGACGUACUCGCGAGGCAGUCAGCAACCUCAUUGAACUAUGUCCUCAUGAAUUCGGUCUCGAGAACUUGAUUCCUUGCGAUGCAAGCUUUCGUUCCACGGUCCCUGAACGGCUGGCUCAAUUAUACCAAGAAGUAUGCGAGUAUUGCACUGAAGCCAGUAUUCCUUUUGACCAUGCUUGGCAUUGGGCGUUGGUAUGGCGACAACAGCUCUCAUACAAAACAUUGGCAGAGCGAUAUGGAAGAGAACGAGUGGUAUCAACUUCACAUCCUCGAUCACGCAAGGCUGUGGCACAAAUCUACUUGGAUGGAUUGGAUCAAUACAUGCAAUGGUUUCCUUGGUCAUGGUUUUCGAGCAUGCAAUUCAUUGGUGCUGGUGGUUUCUCGGCCGUGUAUGCAUCCGUGAUCAGCCCACCUUAUGAUUUGGAACCUACACGUAUCGCUCUCAAGAUUGUGGAUGAUAAAGUAUUAAAUGAGAUUGCUGUUCAAUCAAAGGCGUUCCUACCAUUGUUAUUCCAAGGAUUGACUGUUUGUGAGAGCACGGGUGAUUUGAUGAUGGUGAUGAAGUUGAGCAAUGAUGGUAAUCUGGAGGACCAUAUGAAAUUGCUUCCUUUGGGAGACUUGGACCUAAAGACGAUCACCGGCACCAUUCUACGACUUGCUGCCAAUCUUGCUGAUUUGCAUAAGGUUGGCAUGUGUCAUCGCAACGUCCACCCACGCAACAUUGUAUGCACCGACAGCGAUUACUUUUUACUUGAUUAUCGAUUUUCAACACCGAGUAAAGAAUCAACACCCGUGACAACAUACACCAAGGCAGUUUAUGGAAGACUACCGUAUAUAGCGCCUGAAGUAAGAUCUGGAACGUAUACAGAGAAAUCCGAUAUCUUCAGCUUGGGAGUGAUUAUAUGGCAAUUGGUGAGCAAAGUGAUAUUCCCAUCACCCGAUGUAUUACUGGAUGGAGAUCAUGGCGAAGACAAUGUAUAUCGCAUCACGGUGGUACCAGGAAUUCCAGAGUGGUAUGAAAAGCUCUAUGUGGCAUGCCUUGAACCACAUCCAGAAAAUCGACCCGAUGCAAGUGAGAUUUGUCAGGCGCUACAACCUAUCCAUGAGAGUCUCGAAUAUUCUGUCCCACUCGGACCCAAGGUCACUGAAUACAUUGUUGCUCGACGUGCUGAAGUGGCCGAUCAUUUACGCACCUAUGCCAAGGUCAAGGGUAUCGUUUCUGCAUCUACCACUCGGCUCUAUACCCUUUCAAAUUUGCCUGUCGUCGCACACUUUUUUGAUCUUCCAUUUACUAAUCUUCGUUUCUCGGCAAUUUGGCCUCCUCCUACAUUGACAACAUCUCCUGCUGCUAAUGCGCCAACCACAACAACAGCCACUACCACAACCACAACCACCACAACAGCACCAGCCAUUGCAGCUGUUCCAACUCCUCCCCCCGCAUCCCCUUCACUUUCCGAAUUCAUCGCUACUGACAUUGCAACUACAACAACCCCUACUCCCACUACCAUUGAUAACUCUACUAACAACAACACAACUACCAAUUCCGCCACAACACCUGCAUCGACUAAUGGCGUCAAUUUAUUAUGA